AUGCUCUCACCCGUUCACCCUUCGGGGGUUAGAACCUCACGGUCUUUACUGUUCACUUGGGGUCUCCUGGCGAGCUACCUCCUACCGCAGGCGUUGGCUCUUCCUCUCCUGGGAGCUCGACAGGCGCAGAGCGUCUUCCCUGAAUCACCGCAGAGUGCUGUGCCUCAACAGUCACAGAGCGAAUGGCCGUACAGCGCUUCAUCUACUCAACCAGCGAGUGAUGCGCCGAGUACCGCCUUUCCCUUCGUCAUCGAUGCACUGACGGAGACCAUCUUCGUGACGGCGACACCUUCGCCUACGACAACAACUUCCGACGCAGGGCCGAUAGUGACGAUCACAUAUACGAUCGUGCCCACACCCAUACCCUCCCCCACGUCCUCACCUUCGCCAGCAUUCUCGUCGGCCCUUCCGCUCCGUGGCCCCCAGCUCAUCCCAGUUCUUUCAUCUUCAUCCUCCUCUCCUGCGUCACCCACAACGUGGAGCGUUCCUCCGCGGUACACGAACUUUGACUCCUUCUCCGUGACGCACUACGCCGGUGGUCAAUCCAACAUGGAGAUUGUGACUGCCGCGGCAUCUCCAACUGCCUCGGCUCGUUCGGUCGCCAGGAGGUCACCCGAAGACUCUGUGUCGACCUCGGCCGCAAACACCAACCAGUCUCAAGACCUUUCUAUCCUGCGGGUGCUUUACCCCGAAGGCUCGAUCAACCCCGCCAAUCGUCCGCAAGGAGGUGCCCAGUUCUACGCCAAUCCACUGGACAUCACGGAGGCACGGAGUGUCACCCUUGAGUACGACGUCUACUUUCCGGCUGACUUUGAGUUCGUGCUCGGCGGCAAGCUGCCGGGCUUGUUCGGAGGGAAGGAGUCUUGCUCGGGUGGCGACGCGGCACUGGAUUGCUUCAGCACGCGCCUAAUGUGGCGUGAGGAGGGUGCGGGCGAGCUCUACCUGUAUGCCCCGAAGGAUAAGCAGACGAAGGAGUUGUGUUCCUUACCGCCCGAGUCGGUGUGCGAGUCGUCCUAUGGACUCUCCAUCGCGCGUGGCUCAUUCAAUUGGACGCGCGGUGGCUGGACGCACGUCGCACAAACAGUCGUGUUGAACACGCCCGGCAGGCAGGAUGGCGAGUUCCGGCUUGAUGUGAACGGCGCGCCCGUCAUCAAUCGCAGAGACGUUUACUACCGCAGUGCGGGGGGCGACGCCGGGGACGAUGACGAUGCAGACGACGAUGAGGACGACGACAAGGGGCUCAUUGGCGGGCUGCUGCCGUCGUUGGGAAAGCUGCUUGGCCGCGCUAGUAGCGUCCUCCCGUUUGCUUUUGGGCCUCAGUCAAUGAUGAUGCCAAGCGUCAUGGCUCAGAGUGACGCUAGUGAAGAGGCUGGGACGUAUCAGUCUAGGCCAAAGGCUAAGGCCAAAGUCAAGGCUGCCGACGCUGACGCUGAUGCCGACGCGGAGCCUAUCGGCUUCACAGGCAUGUUUUUCAGCACAUUCUUCGGCGGACAUGACCCCGAGUGGGCAAGUCCCAAGGACCAAUAUGUACACUUCGCUUCGUUUGCCAUGCGCAUCAACGAAUGA